UUUUUCUUCAUAAUUUUCGAUGGACACAUAUGAAGUAGAAAAACCCUUUGCCACUGCCAGCCACUUCUGUUAUUUGCGCUCUAUCGAGAACUCUAUCAAUGGCUGCUGCAACUACAAUUGAGAAGAAGAAGGUUAGUAGUAGUAACUAUAUACCUGAUGACCUUUCCUUUUCUAUUCUCUCUAAACUUCCUAUUAAAUCUCUUAAGCGUUUUUCUUGCGUUCGUAAAUCAUGGUCUCUUUUAAUUCAAAACCCUAAUUUCAUGAAUUUGUUCCGCAACAAUCUCUUAUCCAAAUCUCAUCCGCACUACCACGAUUCUGGUCUGGUUUUAAACCAGUUUAUGGGUCUACAUGAUUGGAACAUUUAUUUGAUUUCUGGAGAUAAGUUUGAGAAUAAAGUGAAAUUGAAUUCGCCACCUAUAUUUCAAAUUCCAAAUAUUGGUGUUACUCCUAUACGUGUUCUUGGUUCUGCUAUUAAUGGCAUUCUCUGUAUCUAUGAUGAUUAUGGAACAUUUCCAAAAACAACUGUAUUAUGGAACCCUGCCACUGAGGAAAUAAUUGAGAUACCUAUUGGUCAUGCUGAGAUUAAACCUGAGUUUACCACUCUUGUUUUUCCGCAUGGAUUUGGCUAUGAUGAUGUUGGAGAUGACUAUAAAAUCAUUCAACAUGUGGAUUAUAUUAUGGCUAAUGAAAAUCCUUUGGAAGAUUUAGAAGAUGUCAUGAUUCCCGACCCUUUCUGGGAGAUAUAUAGUUUAAAAAGUAACUCAUGGAGAAAAAUUGAUUUUGAUAUGCCAAUUAUUUCCUGGAUUUUUAAUAGUAUUGUAUACUUCGAUGGAGUGUGUCAUUGGUUGGGGGAAACAAAUAUGGUGGUGUCAUUUCAGUUGUGCAAUGAGGUGUACUUUAUUACACCUUGUCCUUUAGAAGAAGAUACACAUGAUAAAGAAUUUGAAGUUAAUCUGACAGUGUUAAACGAGUCUGUUGCGAUUAUUACUAAUUGUAACAAUACUACGUUUUUCCAAGUGUUCAUUUUGGGUGAAUUUGGUGUUGAAGAAUCAUGGAUUAGACUUUUCGAUGUUGAACUCAUGUCUUGCAUGGAGCAACCUAUUGGUGCAGGGAAGAAGGGAAAUAUAUUCUUUAUAAAAGAAGAUGGUGAGCUAGCUUGUUUUGAUUUAACUACUGGGUUGAUUGAGGAUAUUGGCAUUCAAGGAGAAAAGAAUUGGUGUCAGAUUGCAAUUUACAAGAAAAACCUUUGUUUGAUCUGAGACAUAAACAUGUAAUUUCUUUGUCAGCCAAUGCGUGGAGUUUAGAUAAAUUUUACAUACUACAUAUGUUAAAAUGAUGAUGCUGCCAUGGCUCUUCCUUUGAUUUUGCUAGGCAUAUGGAAAAGUUUAAUCUGGUUCGGGGGUCAGUUCUGGCAUCAAGUGUUUCCAGCCUCCUCCCGAUCGCAUAACCUUACGGAAUUUUGAUUGAGGAGAUUGGUAUUAAAGGAGUAGGUUCUUGUCAGAUGGUGAUUUUCAAGAAAAACUUUGUCCAAUUGGAGAAAUAAACAUGUAAUUUCUUUUUCAGCCUAUGCGCGGGUGGAAUUUUGUCAGAUACAUGUUGUUAGAUGCAAGUUUUCACACUUGAAGGAAUAUAACUUUGAUGUUAGAUACAUGUUGUUAGCUUGUUAUCUAUCAUUGAUUUGUAACAGCUGUUUGUCCUCAUAACAAUAUGAUGAUUCCAUGUUAAGAGUUUAGAUAAAUCAUGUGAAUUAAGAAUCUCCAUUUGUUUCUGGUAUCAAAGCUAAAUAUGAUAUGAUAAUGAUUGCUAGUAUUAAUAUAUGUUGAGUUUUGAAGAU